AUGCGUGCAAAUUUGCUGGUGUUGACUGCAUUGAGUCGUGCGUCAUUGUCAACGAUGGUAAGUUCGUCGAGCGCUUGUGGUGAUAUUGAAAGCGAUAAGCCGAAGAGGUGUAUGUGCACAAGAGUAGAUUCUGGUUUAUCAGAACGUUGGUGGGAUCCAGAUUCGUUUAGUUUCAAAUUAUCAACAGCUUUAAUUCAUAAACCGGAAACACGAGAUUAUUUCGAUUAUCUCGAAUUCUCACCAUGCUCUGAUAUUGAUUUAGACCGUUCGAGGCCGCAUAAACAUGUUUUGGAGCAACAAGUUUUCUUGCUAAUUAUAGGCCAGAGAGAUUGCACCAACAUGCGUAUUGCAGUUGGUUGUCUCGUUUCAUUUCAUAACCCACUCGGAUUGAAAUUCGUUUACAUUCUAUUGAACCUGUCAAUAGCGAUCGCUGCAUUGGUUUGUGCACGUUACUUUUUCGUUUCACGAGGCGGUGACCAAAUUCACAAGGCUUUCAUUUUAGUAUUACUUUUCAUUUUGCAGUUGUCGAUGGCGUGCGUCUCGAUGUUGUUCGGUGAUCGUCCAUUACCGAGAUGUUGUCGAAGCAACCGUACUCUUACAGCACUCAGUUCACUGCCGAACGAGUCACAUGUUCAGCUGUCCAAAUGUAAAUCUUUGCAAUAA